UGUUGCGAGACUGCAAAAGGAUAGAAGGGGAAAUCGUCCAUAGUAGAGAUGGCAUAAAGCAAGAAAGUAGGGAAUGUCAGGUUCUGUAGAAAAUACGUUCAAGGAAAAAAGAUCCAUGGUUGAUCUUCAGACAGGCACAGCAGGAUAUGUUUGGUUGUAAUCUACACUUAUAUAACAGUGCUUCGAUCAGUUCUCUUAAUUUCCUUUUGCAUUAAGAGCCUGUUUGUUUUUUGACAAAUGGAUUCCAUUAGUGGAAAAGUGAAAGAGAUUAUAAGCAAUCGCUUGCAGGCAAUUGCGAAAGAGAUUAAGCAUUUAACUAGUGUGCCCAACGAUGCCCAGCACCUCCGCGUGGAGAUAGAUCAUGUGAAGGGUAUAGUCGAUCAUAUUAACAGUCGGCUAAGUUGGAAAGGUCGACAGCCUUUGGCAGUGGUGAGUCUUUGGGUGAGCACACAAGAGCAAAUCGUCCAAUCUGCUGAAGAGGUGUUUCUCCAGUACGUUGAAAACAAGCACCGUCGCUUGUGUUGUUGCUGCCCUCACUGUUUCCUUGUCAAAAGUUCCAGUCGAAAGAUCCGUAAUGCUCUAGCGGAAAUAGAUGAGCUUCUGAAGAUGAAAGAUUCAGAUUUUCCUAAGAAUGGAGACCUGGAAGAGCCUCCGGAGAGGCUGAUGCCGCCCAUGGGGAAGGAGCUGGUUGGCGCGUUUGUUCAAGAGAAGCUGUCGGAGCUGGAGACGUGGGUGCUGGAAGAUGACUCUGUUCGUGUGGUUGGCGUCUAUGGAAUGCCCGGCUUGGGAAAGACUUCCUUGCUCAAACAAAUCAACAACAAUGUAAAGGUAAUCAAUUUCUUUAAGCUUGUGAUUUGGGUUACUGUGUCUGGAGAAUCCGAUAUCUCCGCGCUCCAGAGGCGUAUUUUUGAGACAAUUGAGUUGCCUUGGCGAUCCAAUUUGAGCAUUGACGAAGCUGCAGGAGUCUUGCUUUCGAUUUUCAAGGAGAGGCGACUGCUGCUCAUUUUGGACGAUGUGCGGAGAAGCAUAGAUGUUUCUAAUUUGGGGAUUUCUGUUUCUGAGAAUACAAAAAAAGUCGUACUUACCUCCAGGGAUAAAGAGGUGUGCAGUAGCAUGAGAGCAGACAAGAUGAUCGCAAUGAAGCAUCUGACGGAGGAAGAAGGUUGGGAUCUUUUCUGCAGAGGAGCCUUCGUAGCUGGCGAGGAUCAGAAUAUGGAUAGCGAGAUAGAACAAUUGGCCAGAUCAGUUGCAAAGGAGUGUAAAGGGCAUCCCCUGGCCAUUAAAACCCUUGCUCGGACAACGCCGCCGCUUCACAGCACUGCCCCGUCGGCAUGGGAAAACAUUCUGAAGGAGCUAAAGGAGAUUGAUCCCCAGUUUCAUCGCAUUCACGAAGAGAUUCUGAGCGAAUUGUUCAAGCCACUGAAGCACAGCUACGAUGCUCUGGAAACAGAUGAGCUCAGGCUUUGUUUCCUGUACUUGGCAGCUUAUAGAGAACACGAAGAAAUCGACGCGGAUCAAUUGAUACAGUUGUGGUUGGCAGAGGGUCUAGUGAAAAGCAGAUUUGAAGGGCGCUACGUUUUUCUCAAGAUCUUGGCGGACCGAUGUUUGGUCGACAUUGAGGUUAAAGAGGAAAACGGCCAUGAUAUUUGGAAGGUGAAAAUCCAUGAUUUGCUCAGAGAUAUGGCGGUACACAUCGCUGAGAUCGACCAGAAAAGCUUGUUCCGUGCAGGUCAGCGUUUAACAGAGUUUCGGUACUCUUUAUUUGCAAAUCCACAAUGGGUGAGGAUAUCAUUGAUCCAUAAACGUAUCAGUUUUCUGCCAGACAAAUUUGUUUGCAGGAAGCUAGUGACUCUGUUGCUGAACUCAAAUACAAUUGAAGAGGUUCCGGAGGGCUUCCUGGAUAAGCUGGAUAUGUUAAUGGUGCUUGAUCUCAGCAACACGCCCAUCAAAUUCUUGCCAAAGUCCAUCUACCUUUUGAAUAAUCUCCGAUAUCUCCAGCUUUCCAAUACCCAGAUUAGGGUACUCCAUGAUCAAACAUUUGAGUUGAAUAGAGUGCAGUUUUUAGAUCUUUCUUUCUCCCUUCUCAUCACUAUUCAAUCCAUGAUAAAGGAGAUGAAAAGUCUCCAAAUUCUCAAGUUAGCCCACUGUUAUGAUUUGGAGUUCGUUUCGCCCGACAUAUCACAGCUAACUAGUUUGGAAGAGCUCGACAUGUGGAAGACCCUGUUUGCAUUUUCGCGGGAAUUGGAAACAGGUGAAGAAAUAAAGAAGGCUUCUUUGCAAGAUAUAUGCAAACUCCAUCGUCUCAAGCGUCUCCGUCUAACCCUAAAAUCGCCAAUUGAGGAACGGACAGUGGGGAAUCUAGUGGAGCUUCAAGAACUUUGGCUACUUUGGAUGCCCCAAGUCCGUCAAACACAUCUGCCCACUGACAUGCGGGCCAUGCACAACCUGGAGAAGCUCCACCUGUAUGACUGUCACCUUGAGGGAACCCCUGAUUUAUUCUCAGAAUUACAAAAUCUCAACUACAUAAAGUUGAAAUCUUCUAAUUUACUGCUCACUCUUUCCGGAUUAGGGUUGGGCAGAUUAUCCAAUUUGAAGGAAAUGGAGAUUGAGGAAUGCCUUCUACUCACAGAGCUGGGAGAAGAAUUUGGGAGGAAAGUCUGCUUUCCAAGGCUGCGCAAGCUCAAACUGUGGAUGUUACCUUCUCUGGAGAGUCUGUCUACUUCUGUGGAAGAGGGGGCUUUGCCCAUGUUGCAGACUUUGGCUAUAUUCCAUUGCAUGAAGUUUAAAGUACUUCCAUGCGGACUUGAUAAUCUCAAGUCUCUCGAACAGAUCAGAGGAUAUAAGGAAUGGUGGAAUGAAAUUAACUGGGAAGAUGAAGUGAUGAAGAACCAUCUUUAUGGUAAGUAUGUAGAAAUUGUGCAAAUCCGUGAUAAUUGUCAUGUUUAACCCACAGUUUUCCUUAACUAUGAAGCAUGAAAUAAUUGCUUGUAUGAAUCAGACGCUAUUUAUUUCGCAAAGUAUUGCUUCCAUGUGUAAUUAUCAAGUUUAACCUACAGUUUCCCCCUAAGUAAGAAGCAAGGAAUAAUUGCUUGUAUGAA